AGUCUUCAUGACGUCAUAUUUUUGCGGCGGAAGUAUUUGUCUGUACGUCCAUUCCUGUCAGUGAGCGCAGUUGCGUUAUCCUUCACAUGUUCCCGUGCAUAUAAUCUGUCAGUAAAGUUUCGCCAUGGCUGAUUUUAAUUCUAGCUUUGAUAUGCCGUCGGCUAGUUCAUCUGAAAGCGCUGAAGCUGCGGAGCUCCAGCGUCUGAUUGCAGUAGAGCAGCAAAAGGCUCAGUUUCAAGCGCAGGUUCACAACUUUACGGAUGUUUGCUGGGAUAAGUGCAUGGACAAACUGAGCUCCAAGAUGGACUCACGAACGGAGACUUGUCUCGUUAGCUGCGUGGAGCGUUUCAUCGACACGACGCUCACCAUCACCAACCGCUUUACGCAGAUGGUCCAGAAGGGCGCGCACUGAUUGAAGGACACCGUCCUCAAGGACAAUUAGCCUACCACAUAUUCUUUAUGCUCCCGGUGUACGUCCAGGAGGAUGUUUUACUGCUCUUUAGGGGUGUGGUGAACCCUUUCACUCUUGCGGAAA